AUGAAGCGGCGGCGCGGGGAGGCCCCGGAGCCCGGCUGCCUCCGCGCCUGGGCGGCCGCGAGCGAGGAGUUGGCGGGGCGCUGGCGGGCCGCGCGCUGCGGGGGGCCCGGCGGAGCGGCGGUGCGGCGGCAGCGAGGCGCCUUCAGGGAGCUGCUCCUGCAGAUGCGGGGGCUGCCAGCUGCCAUCACCACCUUGCCUCUGGAGCUCACUGUCCUCUAUAACUCCUUGCUUUUUGAUAUGGGAGCAUCUGACUGUGCCAUUAAUGGAGAAGCAGAAGACAUACACAAGGGGCUCCUCAGGGUUCUGGAGGCUUGUGGGGUCUCUGGGCAGGAUCUCAGCACUGAGGAGCUGUGGCAGAAAGUGCUGCAGGAAGUGACUGUUGAAGAACUGCAGGCACCUUUGCAUCGACUAGGCGCUCUGCAAGGAGCGUGGUGGCUGGCAAGCAACCACCUGGGAAGCGUCACUGGCCUCUUCCGGCUCCUGAGCAGUGCUGAGGACCCAGGGAGAGCUCCCGGCAGUGGAGGGAAGAACGAACUCCUCUCCCUGCUCAAAGCGUGGAAAGUCCCCAUUGAGAGGGCCUCUGUGUCGCUAGUACAGAGCACCGAAGACUUGAAGGAGAUCCUGUGCACUGCAGCUGCCUUCCUACAGGGACUGCAGGAGCUGGAGGCUGGGAACCUCCCUGCCGCCUUCUCUCUGCUUCAAGAGGCUGCUGGUGGAUUCUGCUCCAAGAAGGUCCUGGCUCAGAUCUACACCUGCCUCAGCUGCUGCACUCAGCGAAUGGGCAAGCCUCAGACAGCCCUUCAGCACCUGAAACGGGCCCUCCAGGUGGACUUCCAAUGCCUUCCUGCCCUGUCCCAUGCUGCGGCAGUGUACCACGAGCUGGGAGAGAUGGACGCGGAGCUGCAGGCCCUGGCUGUGCUCUAUGAGGCUCUGGAAAGAAAUCCUCUAGCAGCUGCUUCCACUACUCCCUAUUGUCUAAUCCAAAUAGAGCACCUUGUCCACACGCCAGCACUAGCUUCUCUCUUCCGCUGUCGAUAUCCUUCCGAAGUGAAGUACCUACUGGCACAGAGGUGUCUCCAGGGUGGGAGGGUGGCUGAUGCUGUGGAACAUUACCUGGACUUCCUGGCUCUACUUCAGGACGGGCUGCAGCAGCAGGUACCCCUAGAUGGUGGAUCAGCUCUGCCCAGGAUACCCGAGGUGUUCCUGGAAGCAGCAGCUGCCCUGGAGCAGGUGGGGAGGUAUCAGGAUGCCAUAACUGUGUGCGAGGAGGUUGUGAGUCGGACAGCUGACCUAAUCCCACAGACGUUACGAUUUGAUGAGGGGCCAGAGCAGCCAGAGUGGCCAUCACCAGGGACAGAAUCGGCUGGUGGUCCCCUGUCCCAGAAGAGGGAGAGUCUGCGUUGCCUUGUGUGGAGAACAGCAGCAUACAUGCACCAGGGCUGGGCCUGGGCCAAGCUGGACAAGGACAAGGAGGCCAUAACACAGUUCAGCAGGUGCCUUGGUGAUCUCUUACGAGUCCAGCUUUACGGGUCUGGUGUUGAACCAACAGGGAGCCUCCUACCAGAAGUGAGGCUUCUCCAGAAGAUCAGGUUGCUCUCUCUCGUUGGGCGAGGUACCCAAUUCCUGGAGCUGGGGAGGCACAGGGAAGCCUUGCUGGAUUUCCAGCAUGGUUUGCAGAUCUCACCAGGUGACUCUGCUGCUGCCUCCUACCUGGUACAGGCCCUGUGGAAACUGAACCGAAAACAGGAGGCUGCCACUCGCUGGCAGAAGCUCUCAGAGAGCCCCACUGAGGAAGAUGGGCAGCAGGAAGAGCUGGGAAAGUGUGCACCAAGGACCUAUCCUUUGUACUUGGUUUCAUGUCUGAAGCAAGCAACCUUCCCACAUAGUGAAUCUCUUGCCAGAAACAUACAGGAUUACCUCCAGAGCACAACCAGCUAACCCAGUCAGUCUCCCCAUCGCCACGUAUCUGCUGAAGUCUCCCUGCCUGCACCAAGACACCAUGAAGCCUUAAUAGCUUCUCUGAGACUCAGAGUUACUCUUGGAUAAAUCUGGGUUCCCAAAGGACUGAAAUGGAACAAAGUUGCUUUAAAAGUUGCUAAUAAAAGCCUCAGAUCUAUUCAAUUUA